GACCCAAGAAUUCUGUAGUUUUGUCCAAGGCUUUAGAGAGAACACAGCGCUCUCAAACAUACAGCAGAUCAAGAUGUCGUUUAAUUUCACUAUUCCAUCCAUGAACCUCUUUGAAUUCCCGAUGAGAACUGUUUCACCCACGGCUUCCAUUACAUCAGACAUAUCUUCAGUUUCUUGUCUGGAGGACACACCGGUACCUGUUUUACAACAUCUUAAAUGCAGCAUCUGCAUGGGAACCUUAAAGGAACCGGUCACUACAACCUGUGGGCACACCUUCUGCUAUUCAUGCCUGAGGCACCACCUAAACAAUAACCACAACUGCCCGCUUUGCAAAUCCUCAGUGAACGAGAGAUUAAAGACCAACAUCACACUUAAUGAGAUCCUGACCGCGUACCACGAGGCCCAAAGACCACAUCCACCUCAACCGAGUCCCAAUGACUUCACCGGACAGCCAGGGGAGGUCCCCUGUGACAUCUGCACUGACAAUCCCAAAAAAGCAGUGAAGUCCUGCCUGAUGUGCUCACAGUCGUACUGUGCCGAUCACCUCAAAGGCCACCAAAAACCGUGGCUCAAGGGCCACACGCUGAAGGAACCAUGUUCUGAUCUGGACCGGCGGAUCUGUAUGGACCACGGCAGGAUUCUGGAGUUCUACUCUGUUAGUGAGGAGAAGUUACUCUGCAGCUCCUGUGUGCAGGAUGGAAUGGAGGUCGUGGUGGUGGAAAAAGCCAGAGACAGGAAGCAGUCGGAGUUAAACUCCAAUAUUAAUAAAACAAAAGAGAAAUUACAACGGCGAGAGCUGAAAAAGAAGGAGUUUCACGAGUCUGCAACUUCCUGCCUGGGUCUGAUUGACCGGGAAAAGGAGGAACUAAAGAAGGUUUUCAAUGCCAUCACGGAGGCAGUAAAGAAGGCAGAGGAGGAGGUGCUACGCCCUCUAGAGGACAGGAGGAGAGAGGUGGAGCGGGAGGUGAAGGAUCUGAAAGGGAAGCUGCAGGAGGAGAUCACUAAAUUCAACAAAACCAUCUCAGAUCUACAAGAGAUCAGCGCUGAGGAGGAGCCCAUAUUUUUCCUACAGAGGUAUCCCAGUAACACAACGCUGGAUGAAGGCAGCGACUGGAGUGGAGUUGAUGUGGAUACCAGUUUGAUGUUCGGUACCUUACAGAGGACACAGAGGACCAUACUGGAUGAAGUUAACAACGAAUUUAAAAAUCUCCUCAUUAUUGAGAUUGAGAGGAUCAAGAAGUUUGCAGUGGACGUGACCCUGGAUCCAGACACAGCAAACCCUCAGCUCCAGAUUUCCGAUGACUUGAGGGAGGUACAGAGUGUCCGUGAGGACCUUCCCAAAACGAUGGGCGGAGACGACGGCGGCAGCUUUGAUAGGUUCGAUGUGUUCGGCAGUGUACUCGGCCAAAACCGGCUGACCCAAGGCGGGGCAUUUUGGGAGGUCGAGGUCGGAAACAAGCGAGGAUGGGACGUCGGGGUGGCACUAGAGGACGCCAACAGGAAGGGUGACCUGUCUCUAAAGCCCAGCCAGGGCUACUGGGUGAUCGUUCAUUACGAUGAUGAGCAUUACGCAGCUCUGGAGGACUCACCCAUCCUGUUGUGUCUUCAGAACAAACCCAGUAAAGUCGGCGUCUUCGUGGACUUUCAGGAGAAGCUGGUGUCCUUCUACGAUUUAGGAGCCAAAACUCACAUUCACUCGUUUACAGACUGUGAUUUCGGAGGGGGGGUUCGACCGUACUUCAGCCCUCACCUCAAUCAUGAUGCACCACUGGUCAUUCACCACUGUUAAUAAACAUUCAGUAAUUGUGACGUGCAAAAGUUUGGACACCCUUUUAGUUAUAAAGUCUCACAGCGUGAUUAGAUGGUACUGAGUGAAUAUGAAGAAGAGAUUGUGAGAUGCUUGGUAACUGACGGGUUGAAUUUAUGCUUUGCUUUUCUUGUAACGAUGCUAAAAAAUUAAAUGAAGCUUUAUGGUGCCCCCUUGUGGCAUUUCUGACCCACUACACACUUAAGUUAUUGGUUAUUAUUAGGGAUGUAAUGAUUCACCACAAUACAGUUAAUAACCAAUUCAAAAAUUCCACAAUUCAAAUCGAUAUUCACUUUAAACAGCGCUGGUGCUGGUUGCCAAAAUUCGGUUUUUUUUAGCCAAAUUAGGUUUAAAUUAUUUUGCGUAGUUUGUACCUACCUCAGAAAUAAAAGGACGUUCAUUAUUUAGAUAGAUAAAAGAUAAGCACAAAUACAUGAUUUUAUAUUAUUUUUUUAAGAGAAAUAAUAAAAGAAAACUUUGUCAUAGUUUGUCUUGAAUUUCAGUUUAAAAAAAUUGGGGAAAAAAUCGUAUCAUGAACCCAGUAUCAUAAAUCGCAUCGCGGGUAGAGUGUAUCGUUACAUCCCUAGUUAUUAUACAAUGGAAAGGAAAUAAAUCCAGUCUGAACAUUCUGACCCGUACAGAGAGAAUACAGAUCUGUAGUGCAGUGUGUGUGUUAGAAGAAAGUAGUUGUGUUGUAGGAAUUGUGGAUCCUUUAUACACUCAGGACCUCAUGAAGUUCUUGAUGUAAAUGCACAAUGCAAAUGGACGGAUACUUUAUCCAUCUCCAGGGAAAUUUUGGCCUCCAGUAGUUAAACAAAAAGAAGAAAAACCAAUACUAAUACACAACAUGUACGUAGCGUGUAGCAAAUAUACAAUAUACAGUGAGUAAAAAGUACAACAGUAUAGUAAAAAAUAAAGAAUUACUUGAUGAAUCUUGUGAAUUUCCCCACU